AUGCCAAUGAGUUCUUACUUCGCUUCUGGCUUUAUGUACAUUGAGACAGAUAAGAACGUCUACUAUCCAGGACAGACAAUGAACAUUUCAAUACAGCUAAGUUUGACUAAGGAGCUAGACAGUGUAGAUCGCAUUAUCAUAUCGAUUAAGGGGAAGGAAAGCUUUAAAUUCAAUUCUAAUAACAAAAACCUAAAGUCUUUGAGCAACAAAAGACAGAUUGUGAAUGAGACAUUCACCCUAUGCAAUUUCGCUCCUUCAUUCCUUCCCGCCUAGGAUUACACAUUUGUGUUUAAGUACUAGAUUCCAGAUACAUUGGUCAAUCAGUGGCCUGCCAGUUUUCAUAUGAAAAGAGAUGCUAUCAACAGAGGUGAAGUCAAAUUUCAUACAAGAUAUCGCAUUACAGCUAAAUUGAUGAAAGUAGGAUAGACAGUGGUCACAAAGAAUACAAAGAGAUUUUUCAUAGCUAAAAAACCCUUUAAUCCUAGGCAGAAUUUCAUCGAGGUUACUCAGCAACAGGUAUAUAGAUUUACAAAACUGUGCUCGGCUGGAAUAAAUGUGGCUAAGGUCAGAUUCGAAAGGAAUUUCUACCUUGCUGACGAAUAAAUAAAAGCUAGAUGCAGCAUUGACAACACUAGAUCCUCUGCUAAAUGCACAAACAUAGUUAUUAGACUUAUUAGAACUAUUAAGGCUUAUGGAUACUUAUAAAACAGACCAGCAAAUCAGCAAAACCUGCUGUACCCUUUUGAAGAAAAUUUAGUUGUUGCUUCACAGGAAUUCGAAGGAAUAGAUGCUGGCAAGAAGUAAGAAGAUUUUUCCAAAGAGGUCUCCUUAUUCCUGGAUGCAGUAGAUCAGAAGUUUAAGCAGUCUAGGAAGAAGGGCCCAAAUGAUUAAUAAAGAGUACAUAAUGUUGAGGAUCUAGCUUUUGCAAAUAAGGGGAUCUAGCCAUCUACUGUAGGCUAGGUAUUCAGUUGUCUCUAUACAGUGGUAAUAAACAGAACUAUAAGAGGUUUGGCUAACUACCCCACAGGAGUGAGCGUGCUGAUCAACAUUAAUCCUAGUUUGGAGUAAGUGAAUGGGUUUGAGAAGGUUGAGAUGCCCUAGAAUUGGAAUCCUAAAUACGUAGAUCUAAGGAAUAUCUAAUUUAUAGUCUAGAACAACCUUCCGACUGUUAAUAACAAUAACAUCAAUGCAAAUAAUGCUAACAACAACGCCAAUCUUCCUAGGAAUGGGCACAUAGUUAAGAUAAGUUAAAUGCCCAGUCAAUUUAGUGACAAUGAUCAGCGAAGUUUGUUCAAGAAACAAGGCUAGCUUCCUAGUCAAGAUAUUAUAGAUAAACUUAAUAAAGCUUCUGAAGCCAUAGAUAAGUUUAAUAGCUAGAGCUAAAAUUUGAGAAGAGAUACCUCCUAGAGUAAUUAAGGAAUGAAUGAGAAUCACAAACCGUCUUAAGAAAACUCAGAUGAUGAAUACGACACAGUCCAGUAAAAUCUUUUAGAAGGAUUCCAGUGA